AUGUCUUCCGUUUCUUACUUCGUUACAGGCGCAAGCCGCGGACUCGGACUGGAAUUCGUAACACAGCUUCUCGCUCGGCCAAAUACGAAGGUGGUUGCAACGGCGCGCGAUCCGACCGCUUUGCCGGAAUUGGCUGCCUUGCAGCGAUGCACCCCGUCAGAUCGGCUUCUAGUUUUGCAAUACGACGUGACAGAUUUUAGAUUUUCCGAGAGAGUGGUAGAGGAAUCAUCAAAGUUCCUCGAGAAUAAGCUCGACGUUUUGAUUGCUAAUGCCGGUACGGUGUUCCAGCGUGGCGUGGGCUUCCAGGAGAGAAACUGGGAUAAAGCAAUAGAAACGUUGACAGUGAAUGCGGUGGCUUCCUUUGUGUUGCUGCAAGCGCUGCUGCCGCUUAUGAAGAAUGCUCAACGAAGGACGGUGCUCUUCAUCUCUUCACGGCAAGCGUCUUUCGAGCUCACUCAACACAGCCCGAAAUCUGUGGUCCCCCUUGAUUCCUGGUACCCCGACUAUAAUGUCUCGAAAGCAGCGCUCAAUAUGGCGAUUCUCAAGUUCGGGCAGGAGUUGAAGGACGACGGGUUCAUCCUCGUCCCUAUGUCACCUGGCUGGGUACGCACUCGCGGGGGAGGUGACGACGCACCGCUGACGUUGCAUGAGUCGAUCAGAGGGAUGCUUGAAUAUCUAGAUCGUGUGACGUUGAACGACACAACUAAAUUUGUUGAUUACCAAGGCAAUGCCAUGCCAUGGUAG